AUGUGGCUGGUUGCCUGCUCCACACACCGCCAAGAGGUGAUUCCUCAGUGGGACAGCGGGGCGCUGCCAGGAAAGGGAAACACCGUAUUAUGUGUCCUUAAGAGCCUCCUGGACUUUGGGCAGCGGUGGAGCCGUGCCCGCCCUCCCCGGCUGCAGGGCGUGGCCUGGGGCGGCCUCCCGCUGAGCUCCCGCGGCGGGCAGGCCCGAGGAGGUGUGGGGAGCAGGCUGCCCCGGAGAAACCACCCGGCACAGAGACGGAUUACAGGCGGUGCCCCCGUUUACACCAUCAGCCUUCGGGCGCUUGUCUCGGCCGUGGGGGCCCUGACCCUGGCCUUGGGCUGCGACCCCCAGGGCCUCCUGACCGUCGACCCUGGUGCCUGGGGGUCCAGCCUCGCCCUGCUACACCCGACGCACCGUUUCCUCGGAGGCAGGUGGGCAUCCUCUAUGUGGCUGAGCGGGCCCCGGGCUGGGGUGACCUUCUGGGCCGGCAGCAGAAUGCAGACUGCCCGGGGCCAAGGUGAUGAUCGCCGGAGCCAGGACCAGCCUGGCAUGCUGUGCAUGCACAUCCGGAGACUCUGGAUGCAGCGCAUCCAGCAUCUGCUUCCAGGGGACACAGACCUGCCUCAGCCUGGGCUCCGGGCGUGUCCUGGCCCGGGGCCUCCCCUGUGGGGGUUUAAUAUAAAAUCUGUUUCAGAGAAGAAGUGUGAAAAAAUCCAUGGAAAAAAUAGAUUCAUUAAUUCAACAGGCGCUUAUCCACUGCGUAUCACAAGCCUGGUCAAGCCUGGUAAUAGAGAGACACGGCAGUCUUUCAGGCGGACAGGGCUUUUCAUGAAAAUGAUGUUCCUCAAAACAGGUAGCUGUAGGAAGUCCGUCCUCGCCUCACCGCCGGUCCGCAGCCUUUACCGGGGCCGCUUUAAGGCCCUGGAGAUUUCCUGCGCUCAGGGGGACGUCUCUUGGUUUCCUUGGUCCUUCAUUACCUUCUUCGGGGCCGAGCUGCGAACUCAGCGAAGCCCUCGUGCCUUCUGGAGGGUCUGGCUCAGUCGUCGUCUGCUGCCCCUGGCUGCCUUCAGACUGCCGCCCCGCACGCAGAGAGAGCCAUUGCAUUCGGGGCACUGCGCUCCCAUUUUCCCAUGCCACCCCAGCGUUGGCUGGGCCGCUGCCGCUCCUUCGUCUACCCUGGUGAAUUUCCAUGGGCUCUUCUGGACGGCCCUCGGCUCUCAACAGGCCACUGCUUCGCCCUUGCAAGGUACGCGUUUCCUCUGUGUGGGAGAGAACCGGCUGUCCACGCUGGCCUGCCGAGGCUGCGUCGCCCCUCGCUUUGCGAACGGCUGUGUGACAGCUGAGCUCGCUCGCAGCGCUGCACGCGCGCGUCAGCAGGCGCUCGCUGGGCUGCGAACGUGCGCAGUAUGCCGGGCGCUCCAGCCCGGACGCGGGGGAAUCACGGCCGCGUCGGGGCCGCGCCCCUGGGCCCGCCACCAGCGAGCACCUGGCGUGUCGGCCGCCGCGGCUGCUGCGUCAGCCAGGGGAGAAUGA